AGUUGACCUAAUAUCCUUCCGCAUGAAGAAAGCCGCCAAAUUCCGCCAUGGAAACUGCAGUGUGAAAUCGGACUGCGUAACUGCGGUGAUUAAUUUUGCAGGAAAAAGCCCUUCAUAUAAGAGAGCUUUACGUGUGAAGUUGCAAGCUCGUUCUCCGAUCUUCUCCUCCACCUCUUCAACCGUCCGCUAAUCCUAAUACCCUCGUCCCCUGAACCUAACUCCUUCGACGGACAUAGGUUUUCCACCUCCGUCCCGCCUUCUCAGACUGGUUGUCCAAACCUGCACCCACGCCCUAGACCUUGCCUCAAAAGUUCAAUUCAUCCGCCGGAGCUAGGUUAUUACCUCUCUGGCGGCCAUGACGGUCUACGAAAAUUGGGAGCGUCUCGUGCGGGCGACGCUGCAGAGGGAACAGCUUAGGAGCGCUGGCCAGAGGCCUGGCCAGUCCGCAUCGGGGCUCGCUGGAGCCGUUCCUCCGUCCCUCGGCCGGGCCGCUAACAUCGAUGCAAUCCUGCAAGCUGCAGAUGAAAUUGAGGAUGUGGACCCCAAUGUUGCGAGGAUCCUGUGUGAGCAAGCAUAUAGUAUGUCACAAGAUUUGGAUCCAAACAGUGAGGGCAGGGGUGUACUUCAGUUCAAGACUGGUUUGAUGUCAGUCAUUAAGCAAAAGCUUGCAAAGAAAGAUGGUACUACAUUUAAUCGUCAACAUGACAUUGAACACUUGUGGAAAUUUUACCUAAACUAUAAAAGGAGGUAUCAAGUUGAAGAUAUCCAGAAGGAGCAGCAAAAGUUGAGGGAGUCCAGAAUCUUCACUGGAGAGAUGGAAGCAAGAGUACUGGAAUUGAGAAGGGCAUAUAGCACACUAAGGGCAUUGAUUGAUGUCCUAGAGUUUCUUGUGGGAGACAAAGUUACUGAUGGAACUAGUAGGCUUAUAAUGGAGGAGGUUAAAAGGAUAAAGAAAUCUGAUGCCGCACUUGGUGAAGACCUUACACCAUACAACAUUGUCCCUCUUGAUUCUCCCUCUGUAACCAAUGCCAUUGGUUUUUUCUUCGAAGUAAAAGCUGCAAUAUCUGCAAUUGGAUAUUCCUCAGAUUUACCAAGGAUUCCUGCUGAAUUUAAGGCCGCUGUGCUUAGAAGUAUGGAUAUGUUUGAUCUCUUGGAGUUUGUUUUUGGAUUUCAGAGGGACAAUGUUCGCAACCAACGUGAAAAUGUAGUUCUUACCAUAGCAAAUGCUCAAUCUCGUCUAGGUUUGCCAACUGAUGUGGAACCUAAAAUUGAUGAAAAGGCUAUCAAUGAAGUUUUUUUAAAGGUAUUGGACAAUUACAUCAAAUGGUGUAGAUAUGUUGGCGUGCGGAUUGCUUGGAAUAGCUUCGAAGCAAUUAAUAAAAGCAGAAAGAUUAUUUUGAUUUCUUUGUACUUUCUUAUCUGGGGUGAGGCUGCCAAUGUGCGUUUUAUCCCUGAAUGCCUUUGCUACAUUUUUCACCAUAUGGCAAAAGAGUUGGAUGCGAUAUUAGACCAACCAGAAGCUGCUCAUGCAAAAAGCUGUACCAGUAGUGAUAAUUUUGUAUCAUACCUUAAAGAAAUUAUCACUCCUAUAUAUGAUACUCUUGAUGCUGAGGUUAAAAGAAACAAUAAUGGAAAGGCUGCUCACUCAGCAUGGAGGAACUAUGACGAUUUUAAUGAAUAUUUUUGGUCACCAUCCUGCUUUCAUUUGGGCUGGCCAAUGAAAAAGGAUUCCUCAUUUUUGUUGAAACCAAGCAAAAAGAAGAGGACAGGAAAGAGCAGCUUUGUUGAACAUCGAACAUUUUUGCACUUGUAUCGUAGUUUUCACAGGCUAUGGAUUUUUCUUUUCUUAAUGUUUCAGGGGUUAACAAUAAUUGCAUUUCGCAAGGGACGCAUUAACCUGGACACUUUUAAGAUAGUGCUUAGCGUUGGACCAUCAUUUUUUGUUCUGAACUUCAUUGAGAGUUGUUUGGAUGUUCUUUUGAUGUAUGGUGCUUAUAGAACUGCUAGAAGAUUUGCGCUAUCAAGGGUUUUUAUUAGGUUUACUUCAUUUGGUUCCGUUUCUGCAUUUGUAAUGUACCUUUACUUGAAGGUACUGGAUGAAAGAAACAGUAAAAACUCGGAUUCGACAUACUUCCGGAUUUUCAUUCUUGUUCUGGGUGUUUAUGUGGCCAUCCGUGUGAUAUUUGCUCUAACAAUCAAAAUUCCAGCUUGUCACAGGAUAUCAAAUGUGUCAGAUCGUUGGCCAUUUUUUCAGUUUUUCAAGUGGAUUUACCAGGAGCGAUACUUUGUCGGCCGUGGUCUUUAUGAAAGGACAAGUGAUUAUGCCAGAUAUGUGGCUUUUUGGUUGGUGAUAUUUGCUUGCAAAUUUACUUUUGCAUACUAUCUUCAGAUUCACCCCCUUGUGGAACCGACGAAAAUAAUUGUAGGAUUACAAGGGCUAACAUACUCUUGGCAUGAUCUCGUCUCAAAGGGAAAUAAAAACGCUUUAACGAUCCUUAGUCUUUGGGCACCUGUGUUUGCAAUCUACCUUAUGGAUAUUCAUAUAUGGUACACUCUUUUGUCAGCCCUUGUUGGUGGUCUAAUUGGUGCACGGGCUAGAUUGGGGGAGAUUCGCUCAAUUGAAAUGCUUCAAAAGAGAUUUGAGAGUUUUCCAGAAGCCUUUGUUAAAAAUCUUGUUUCUGACCAAUCAAGAAGGAUGCCCCUUCCUAGGCAAUAUGCUCAGGACCUUCAUAAGGCAUAUGCUGCUACAUUUGCUCCAUUUUGGAAUGAUAUCAUAAAAAGUCUUAGAGAAGAAGAUUAUAUCAGCAAUAGGGAAAUGGAUUUGCUUUCUAUGCCAAGCAAUUCAGGAAGUUUAAGAUUAGUUCAGUGGCCAUUAUUUCUUUUGAGUAGCAAGAUCCCAUAUGCCCUUGAAUUGGCUGGAGCCUGUGAGGAUAAUCAAGCUGAUCUAUGGAACCGAAUAUCUAGGGAUGAGUACAUGGCUUAUGCUGUUCAGGAAUGCUACUAUAAUGCUCAGAACAUUCUACAAUCUAUAAUUGAUGAUGGAGAAGGAAGACUUUGGGUUGAACGGCUAUUUCGUGAGAUUAACAACAGUAUAUCAGAGAGCUCUCUUUUGGUUACUGUGUUACUUAAGAAACUGCAGCUGGUAGCAUCUAGACUUAACGCUUUGACGGGACUCCUAACACGAAAUGAAACUCCUGAGCUGGCUCGGGGUGCUGCAAAAGCUGUAUAUGAUCUGUAUGACGUUGUUACUCAUGAUUUCCUGACACCAAACCUUAGCGACUUUUUUGAUACAUGGAAUAUUUUAGCGAAAGCAAGGCACGAGGGAAGGCUUUUCUCUAGAAUACUGUGGCCCACUAAUCCGGAACUUAAGGAGCAGAUUAAACGCCUGCAUCUACUUCUAACUGUUAAAAAUUCAGCUGCCAAUAUCCCAAAAAAUCUUGAAGCUAGAAGAAGGCUUGAAUUUUUCGCGAAUUCAUUAUUCAUGAAAAUGCCUCCAGCAAAGUCUGUUUCUGAAAUGAUACCUUUUAGUGUUUUCACUCCAUACUAUAGUGAAACCGUGCUGUACAGUUUGUCAGAUCUGAGAGUAGAAAAUGAGGAUGGAAUUUCUAUCCUUUUCUAUCUUCAAAAAAUUUUUCCAGAUGAAUGGGAGAAUUUUCUCGAGCGGAUUGGGCGAGGUGAAUCAACUGCUGAGUCUCUACAAGAUAGCUCAAGUGACACACUAGAACUGCGUUUUUGGGCAUCUUAUCGUGGUCAGACAUUAGCAAGAACAGUACGUGGUAUGAUGUACUAUAGAAGAGCUCUUAUGCUCCAAAGCUACUUGGAGAGAAGAAGUUCUGUAGGUAAUCUAAUAAGCUGUUGUUGCUUAUUUUUUCCAUUUGCUAUCUUUCUGCUGGACUUGGCUUACCGGUAUAAAAUUGCAGGAGUUGAAGAUGGAUAUUCUGGAGCUGAUUUUAUUAAUACCGAAGGAUUUGAAUUGUCUUCUGAUUCUCGUGCCCAGGCUGAUCUUAAAUUUACUUAUGUUGUCUCAUGUCAAAUUUAUGGGCAGCAGAAACAGAAGAAAGCACCAGAGGCUGCAGAUAUUGCUCUACUUAUGCAAAGAAAUGAAGCCCUACGGGUUGCUUUUAUUCAUGUGGAGGACAUUUCAUCAUCUGAUCGUAUAAUUAAGGAAUACUACUCAAAGCUCGUAAAGGCUGAUGUCCAUGGAAGAGAUCAGGAAAUAUAUUCCAUCAAACUUCCUGGAGAUCCUAAGCUUGGAGAAGGGAAACCUGAAAAUCAAAAUCAUGCUAUAAUUUUUACCCGUGGUGAAGCUAUCCAGACUAUUGAUAUGAAUCAGGACAACUACCUUGAGGAAGCUAUAAAGAUGAGGAAUCUACUUGAAGAAUUCGGGGGUAAUUAUGGUAUUCGAGCUCCUACAAUCCUUGGCUUGAGGGAGCAUGUUUUCACUGGAAGUGUGUCCUCACUGGCAUGGUUCAUGUCAAAUCAAGAAACUAGCUUUGUUACUUUGGGUCAACGAGUUCUGGCAUAUCCUUUGAAGGUUCGUAUGCAUUAUGGGCAUCCUGAUGUUUUUGAUAGAUUGUUUCACAUAACUAGAGGGGGAAUAAGCAAGGCAUCUCGUGUAAUUAAUAUCAGCGAAGAUAUUUAUGCAGGUUUCAACUCUACCCUGCGGCAAGGAAAUAUUACGCACCACGAAUAUAUUCAGGUUGGGAAAGGUAGGGAUGUUGGUUUGAAUCAAAUUGCGUUGUUUGAGGGAAAAGUGGCUGGUGGAAAUGGAGAACAAGUUUUAAGUAGGGAUGUCUAUCGUAUUGGGCAGCUGUUUGACUUUUUCAGAAUGCUAUCUUUCUACUUUACUACCGUGGGUUACUACUUAUGUACAAUGAUGACUGUUCUAACUGUGUACAUUUUCUUAUACGGAAGAGUUUACCUUGCACUCUCUGGGCUUGAUUCUGCCAUCUCGUUCAAAGCUAAGAUUUCGGGAAACACUGCACUUGAUGCUGCUUUAAAUGCUCAGUUCUUGGUUCAGAUUGGCGUUUUCACUGCCGUGCCAAUGAUAAUGGGAUUCAUUUUGGAACUGGGAUUACUUAAGGCUUUGUUUAGUUUUGUUAUCAUGCAACUGCAGUUGUGUGCAGUUUUCUUUACAUUUUCGCUUGGAACCAAAACACAUUAUUUUGGCCGAACAAUUCUUCAUGGAGGUGCCAAAUAUAGAGCAACUGGAAGAGGUUUUGUUGUCCGCCAUAUCAAAUUUGCUGAGAAUUAUAGGCUUUACUCAAGAAGCCAUUUUGUCAAGGCGCUUGAGGUUGCUCUACUUCUCAUUGUUUACAUAGCAUAUGGUUACACAGAGAACGGUGCAUCUUCAUUCAUAAUCCUCACUAUCAGUAGCUGGUUCCUUGUUAUUUCAUGGCUCUUUGCCCCAUAUCUCUUUAAUCCCUCUGGCUUUGAGUGGCAGAAGACUGUUGAGGAUUUUGAUGAUUGGACUAGCUGGCUUCUUUAUAAAGGUGGAGUUGGUGUGAAAGGGGAACACAGCUGGGAAUCUUGGUGGGAUGAGGAGCAGAUGCAUAUACAAACAAUGAGAGGUCGUAUCCUGGAGACAAUUCUGAGCAUUAGGUUUGCCAUAUUUCAGUAUGGAAUUGUGUACAAGUUAAAUCUCACGGGAAAUGAUACUUCGCUUGCAAUAUAUGGCUAUUCCUGGGUUGUGCUGUUUGUCUUUAUCAUGAUUUUCAAGAUUUUUACCUUCAGUCCAAGAAAAUCUUCCAAUCUCCAGCUUCUGUUGCGUUUUAUACAAGGUGUAACGUCAAUUGGAAUUAUUGUAGCAAUCGCCUUAUUCGUAGCAUUCACAGACUUAUCUGUCACCGACCUAUUUGCCAGUAUACUGGCAUUUGUGCCGACCGGUUGGGCUAUCUUAUGCAUUGCAAUCACGUGGAAAGGGCUGGUGAGGAGCUUGGGCUUGUGGGACUCUGUGCGAGAGGUUGCUCGAAUGUAUGAUGCUGGGAUGGGAAUGUUGAUUUUUGCUCCUUUGGCUUUCCUCUCAUGGUUCCCUUUUAUUUCCACGUUCCAGUCCCGCCUCCUUUUCAACCAGGCUUUCAGCAGAGGCCUGGAGAUCUCUCUCAUUCUUGCAGGAAACAAAGCUAAUGUUCAAGCCUAAUCCUGCGUUUGGUCAGCUUUUUGUAACGCAGUGGAAUCUAUUGAAGGUAGGCUUCUAACGGUUUGAAAUCCCUUUUUAACUGGAAAAUGCUUCAGCUUGUUCGUGCUUUUUUAUAUAUUUUGUAAUCCAAAUAUACAAAGCUAGUGGUUCAUUUUGAUUUUUUUUUUUUUUAAAUGAAGUUCUCUCGUCCUCGGAUCUCGUCAUAUUUACCGUGUGAAGUUCAGAAAAACAUAACAUUUAUCUUUUUUACUUGGUUGGAAGUUAAGGUUGCAGUAUCA